ACCGCGGCCUCCAGUCUCAAGCAUGUUGUGGGGGCGGAGAAAGGGCGGGGCCGUGGUCCAGGCUCCCGGUGGCGGUGUCCGUGAGCCGGAGGAGCUGCUCCGGGUUCUCCCAUGGAGCAGGCCGGCUGUCAGGGGGAAACGAGGGCCUGAGAGCUGGGACGUCGCGUCGUCUGCUCGACACUGAGCGAAACAAAGAGGAGAAGCGGAGCCAGGUUAUGGCGGACGGCGGGGGAACGCGCAGUGGGAAAUGUGGCCGGGCCCCGGGGCUGCUGCUGGGAUGGAGCCUUCUCCUCCUUUCUUGUCAGGGAUGCACGGCCGGCGGCGAGGACGACUCUCGGGCCGAGGCAUGGCUGCGGCUCUAUGGCUACCUUCCUCCAGUCAGUCGCCAGAUGUCCACCCUGCGCUCUGCUCAGAUCUUCUCCUCCGCCAUCUCUGAAAUGCAGCAAUUUUAUGGGAUACCAGUGACGGGAGAGCUGGAUAAGAACACUAGAGAGUGGAUGAAGAAGCCACGAUGUGGUGUCCCCGAUCAGUUUGGAAGCAAAGCAAAGUCCAGCAUGCGGCGGAGACGUUACGCCCACACUGGACGCAAGUGGAACCAGCUGCAUCUGACAUACAGUAUCCAGAAUCACUCGGCCAGGCUGGGUGUCUAUAACUCCAUGGAUGCCAUACGGAAAGCCUUUGCUGUGUGGUCAAGUGUAACACCACUGACCUUCUCAGAAAUCCCAUAUGAGAGUUUACGACAGCGCCAGGCCACCACAGACAUCCUCAUUCUUUUUGCCUCCGGCUUCCAUGGUGACAGCUCGCCCUUUGAUGGUCCUGGUGGCUUUCUGGCGCAUGCUUACUUUCCUGGGCCAGGCAUGGGCGGAGAUGCUCAUUUCGACUUAGAAGAACCUUGGACAGUGGACAACACCGACUUGUCAGGGAAUCACCUCUUCUUGGUCGCUGUCCAUGAGCUCGGACAUUCCUUAGGCCUGGAGCAUUCAAAUAACCCCACCGCAAUCAUGGCACCCUUCUACCAGUGGAUGGACACUGACAACUUCCAGCUGCCCGAGGACGAUAGGCGAGGAAUACAACAGCUGUACGGGAGUCCGAACAACGAGGCACCGAGUACCCUAUCUCCUUUUACUACUCCAGCCCGCCCAGACAAGAGACUUCCAAAGCCACCACCAGGGGGCAAACCAGAGCGGCCUGGAAAUGCCCCUCCUAAAAGCCCAUCUAUCCCUGAUCAAUAUGGCCCUAAUAUCUGUGAGGGCAACUUUGAUGCAGUGACUGUCCUGCGCGGAGAGAUGUUUGUCUUUAAGGGUGCCUGGUUCUGGAGAGUGCGUAAUAACCGGGUAUUGGAUAACUACCCUAUGCCGAUCGGCCAUUUCUGGAGAGGACUCCCAGCCAACAUAAGCGCUGUAUAUGAGAGACAUGAUGGGAAGUUUGUGUUUUUUAAAGGGGAUAAAUACUGGUUGUUCCGUGAAGCCAAUCUGGAGUCGGGGUAUCCACAGCCACUUAGCAACUUGGGAUAUGGCAUCCCCUAUGACAGGAUUGACACAGCUAUAUGGUGGGAACCCACAGGACACACAUACUUCUUCCGGGGAGACAGCUACUGGCGCUUCAAUGAAGAGAGUCGCUCUGUUGAUACAGGUUACCCAAAAUCCAUUAAGGUCUGGGCUGGUAUCCCAGACACCCCAAAAGGUGCCUUCCUGAGUUCAGAUACAUCAUACACUUACUUCUACAGAGGAGCCAAAUACUGGAAAUUUGACAACCAGCGUCUGAAGACAGAGCCUGGGUACCCCAAGUCUAUAUUACGAGACCUCAUGGGCUGCCAGGAAGAAGUGUUCAAGGAACCAGAUGCUGCCCCGAGGUGGCCAGAUGUGGAGCAGCCACCAUUUAACCCUGAUGUUGAGCCUGAGGAUCAGGACAGGGACAAGGAGACUGCAGGCAGGGAGGACAAUGGCCGAGAUGUGGAUGUGGUUGUCCAUAUUGAUGAGUAUACACGUGCAGUCAGUGUUGCCAUGGUGAUUGUGCCUCUACUACUGCUGCUAUGCAUCCUGGGAUUAAUCUACAUCAUUGUUCAGAUGCACAGAAAAGGGCCUCCAAAAUCCCUCCGAUACUGCAAGCGUUCCCUGCAGGAAUGGGUGUGACCCCUCCCCCCCCCCCCCCCCCCACCCCCAUUCAAUGACCACUUGCCAUCCAUCGCUUCCCACUUUUCCAGCCAUCUUGGUUUUUGUACAUUUUAAUUUACAUUUUUUUUGUGGUGCUAACAUGGGAGCAGACCACCCCUUCCUCCCAACCUGCGGAACUUUAAAAAAGUGGCAGUGGAGGUGCUGUAUCUGCCACCCUCUGCAGGUGUGCUGGGGUAAUACUCUGGACAGCGACACCAUGUGGCUGCUGUGAUAAUUGCACUUGUGAAUUGCACCAUGUAGCUCUUGGUACUUUGUGUUGCACAUGACCCUGAUCAUUACAAUGAAUGUCUGCCGUGAGUGCGGUUAGGGUGCCGCCGCCGCCACCUUCUAUAAUUUUUAUUUUGCACUGAACAAGUCCUAAGAUGGACACAAGAUAGAAACAAGGAGCAGAUUCCCCUCCCAAUCAAGUGCUAGAGAUGGGGGGCGGGAGGGUCUGUUCCCUGUUGUCUAUCAGAGAGUCCGUUGUUCCUGUGGAAUGUCAGUCUUGGGUAAGAAGGGAAAUUCUGUAGGGGCUGGGCCCACACUAUGGCCUGUGCAUCGCAGCCUCUGCAUGAUUAGCACCACCCAAAUGUUUGUUUUUAUUAAAGUUUUCUAAACAUUAAAUUGGAAAUUUUUAUGUCACAAUGGUGAGCACAAGAGUACCACAUAGCGUGCCACUGUGUCAGUACAACUCACUUAUAGGUAAGAAUGCCAACGCUAUACAGCGUAAUAGAAUGAGUGCAGUGGUGUCAAUACAGCAGACAGAUGGGUAAGUUUGUUUACUUGUGCAAAAAACACAUAAUUUCUUCCAAAAACAGCACCACACCUGUCCUUAUGUUGUGUUUAGUUCUGCAACUUGAUUCCAUUCACAUCAGUGGAACUGAGCUCAAAUUCCAAACACAACAUGAGGACAGGGGUGGUGCUGCUGUUUUUGCAAGAAAUUAGCUCAGGUUUUCUACCCCUGGAUAACCCCUUUGACACAACAAAUAGUGCCGAUGACCACUUUCUUCUUCCCUGUUAAUAUGCCAAAAUUUAUUUAUGGAGGGGCAUAAGGACUGACAGGCAUACAUACAUUUUUUUCUUUUUUUUUAGAGCAGCAGGUUAAAACUUACUGUCAUUUAAAAAAAUCCUUUGUGUCAUGCAAAUAGUUAGAUUUUGGGUCUCAGUCUUGAAACCCUCAUGAUCUAUGGCUAUGGCCAGGGAAAGCAUGCGACAGCGCUCCUUAUUCCCCAUUUCAUUAUUAAAUCUGUUUCAUUGUUGGAG